AUGCCUGUUGUUUCUGUAUAUAUUAAGGCAAAAAGUGUAAAAUUAAACUGGAUUGGUGCUCGUGUAUCUAAAAAUAUUAUAGUAAGACAGUUUUAUGAAGAUUUUAUUGCAGGAAGCAUUGUUCCUGAGAUGCAGUUGAAUUAUAAAGAUCGUCUACAACCAGUUAAAGUAGAGUUUUUAUUUAACACAACUAGGCCUUUUAAUAUUGUUAGUAUGGAAUGUAAUAUGAUUGAAGCAAUUAAAGCUUGGAGAAACAGAGUGCAGUAUUAUCAAACAGAUAGUUUGAUGUUACCACCUUCUGAAAUGUCAAUUAAUGUUUUUGAACAAAUGAUAAACAAUGCUACCAACUUUAAUUAUCUACCAAUAUUUACUAUCUCAGAAUAUUUAAAUGCACUAGAGAAAUUAAGAUAUGAUAUUAGCAAAGAUAUUGCUAUAACAACCGGAAAAGAAUUUGUUAAAGACUUAGCAGCUGCAUUAUGGUAUGCAGAUAAAUGUAAUUCAGGAAAGUUGAAAAUUCAAGGUUUUGCUAUUCUUAUUAAAAUAGAACAGUUUACCAGAUGCUAUAAUAUAAGUCGCUUAAAAAAAAAGAGAAAACAAUUUGAUAAAACUACACUUGCAUAUCAUUCAAAUAUUUUAUUCAAAUAUACAAGAUUUGCAUGGAUUAGAAGACCUGCAUUUCAUUUGCUUGUUAAUUCAUUAAAGCAAUUAGCUACAAAUUUGUCUCAAUAUCAAGAAUUUUUACAAAAACAGCUAAUAACUCCCAAUUUUGUUAGAAAAUUUUACAUUAUUGAUCGUUAUCAAACUUUAGUUGAUUUUCUUAAGCAAAGUAACUUUUGGAAAACAAUAAACAUCAAAUCAUUUCUUCCAAAUGAGCCUGU